AUGUUAUGCUUUCACAUUUUAUCACUCUUGACCCAAAAAUGUUAUUUAAAAAAAAAUAAAACUGAAAUUGAGACAAAAGGCAGAGAAUUCACUUACGAAGUCGUGCAGGAGCUGGUCAUAGCAGAGACCUUACGCAAGUAUCCCGUCUUGCCUCACAUUUCCCGCGUUUCACGCAAUUGCUAUCCAGCGAUGGGAAUUCGACAUUUCUGUAUUGAACCUGGUCAGAUGGUACUUAUCCCCGUGUAUGCCAUACACCACGAUCCAGAUCUGUAUCCAGAACCGGAAAAGUUUAUCCCCGAGCGUUUUACCAUCGAAAAUAUGCGACAACGUCCCACUGCCUCGUGGUUGCCCUUUGGAGAUGGUCCCCGCAAUUGUAUUGGUAUGCGAUUUGGCAAGAUGCAGACGAUCAUUGCCUUGGUUCAAUUGCUGCGACGCUUUGAGUUCAGUGUCUGUCCACGCACAGAGUCCAAAAUGGAGUUUGUCAAGCACAACAUAUUGCUCGCGCCGGCCACUGGAAUCUAUCUGAAAGUUGAAGAGAUUAGAAAAUAGGAGAAAAUACAUAUGUAAGAAAAACUC